AUCUACGGUUUGAUAAGCUUGCUCGUGUGUGUGCGGCUCGACCGUAGAGCAAUAUGGACGGGCACGAAUCUGUGAAUCUGGGAACGACACGGACGACGCGCGGCUGACGACCCUAGCCCAGCUCAGCUCAGCUCAGCUCAGCUCAGGUUAGCUCAGUUCAAAAGCGAAACUCAGAUCGGACACAGUUCAGUUUUUGCUGCCAUUGACGGUUGACUAAAGUGACCUCCGCGCUGGAUGCUGCAGCUUCCAAGUGCCAUAAGCUCUCGCGCCGCGCAAAAUAUAUCUCGAAGUUCAAACAAUCGCACAAAUAAACUAGAUUGCAUUUGUGCCUGUGUGUGCCUGUGCGUGUGUGUGUGUGUGUGUGUGUGUGUGUGUGUGUAACUACUGUGUUUACGUGUGCUCGCCGCGGCGACUAAGCUAUUUCCAUAAAUACAUAUGGAAGCGCCUAAAGUCGCGUUCGUUCAUUCAAACAACCAACUCCUUCGUUAACGGUCAAAGUCUUGCUCGCGAUCAAGUCAGGCCCUAGCUUGAACAGGUGUACAGGUGUAGUAACAAUCACUUCCGGUGCGCGUCAUUUCAAAUUGCAUCUUCGCGUAAAACAUAUCGAAAAAACUCUGCCAAUUACACGUGCGCUUCAAUCAGUGCGUACAAUUAUAAUGUACACAUACAUGUGUAUGUGCACACAUAGAUGUGCAUGUGUUUGUGCCUAAGCUCCUCUCCAUUGCGUUCUCUCUCUCUCUCUCUCUCUCUCUCUCUCUCUCUCACACACAUAUACACACGCUCUCGCUCACGCACCCACAAUUGCAGUCGCCGGAGACGCCAUCACACAGCAAAACUAAUGUUAAUUUGAAACGGCCCAAGUGCAGGCAGAACAUAAAGCGAGACCCAGACCGGGUGACCCGCUGGCGUAUGCUGGUGGAUGUGGCUGUGUGGAUUAUACAAUCCAGAUUGACAACUGGAGGCAGACAAACACGUAGUCUGUUAUUUAACUGCUAUAACAAUUAUCAGUGCUGGAUUAUUAUCAGUGCAACGAAAGCGAGUAGAGAAGCGGAGAAGAAGGAAGCGCUGCAUCUCUCUCGCUCUCUCUCUCUCUCUCUCUCUCUCUCUCUCUUUCAACCGUAGCGGAGCUAACAAUCAGCACAAUGUCAGCAUUUGCGAUUCGCCAAACCCGAGACCACAGCAAAAACAGUAUUAGAACGCAGAUGCACAGAUGAGCAGAUGAGCAGAUGAGCAGAUGAAAGCAGCAGCACAGGGCGACGUCUGGACCAAACAGCAAACAAUCCGAACGAACGCAAGAAACUUUUGGCUUUAUUCCGGCAGUAGAAGCACUGAGCAGGCGCACACAAUAUGCUGACCAUGGACAAGUGCACAGCGGCGAAUCCGGCGCCAAUUAUCAUCGGCGGCAACACAAAGCCGCCCGCGUUGCUGCCGGCGUCGGCGUCGGCUUCGGCGUCGGCGUCAGCGUCGGAGCAGCAUACACACCUGCCGCAGCUGCAUACGCAUCAACAAGCGCAUUCCCUGCCCCAUUUAACUAUGCAACAUACCUGCACACACGCGCCGCCGCACAGCCAGAAAUAUGCACCUGAUGCGCCCCGCCGGAAUCUACACGAGCUGCUCCUGGAGCUGUUGGACGUGCUGCUCUCCUGCCUGGUGGUGGCGCCUUGCGUGAUCGCCUAUUGGCGCGGCACCUGGGAGCUGAUGGGUGUGCUGCUCUUUCCCAAUAGCCAGCCCUUUUCCGCACUGGCCUCCUUUGUGAUCGGCGGCCUGGGUCACUUUAUAUUUACCAUCACGCAGAACUUCUUCAAGGAUCACAUACAUCCCGACAAGCGACGACUCACCUACUAUGCCAUCUCCAGGCUGUAUACCGCCGUCUUUGGCAUCGUCUGCGUCAACAUGUGGCGCGGUGCCUGGAUGAUAUGCGACUGGCUGACCAGCAUCGACUCCCUGGCCAUCAUAUCGGUGGUGACACUGAUAGCAUUGCUCUUCUUGGUCGGAACCCGCACUCUGCGCAAUCUGGGCGCAGCUCCCUACACGGUGACCAUGGAUCACAAGAGCGACUACUUUGAGGUGGACACCAUGUUUAAAAUACCGGGUUUCAAUCAGCCCGGCCUGUACGUGCUGGACACAUUGUUUUCCGUUUUUGUCAUUGGCAGCCUGGUCGUGAUUGCCUGGCGUGGUGUCUGGGGCAUCUUUGACUUGACCCUGUAUCCGCGUGACAAGGCAAAGUCCGCAUGGGGCUCACUGCUAAUUGGUUACCUGACGGUAUUCGUGACCUUUGUCAUACAGCCCCUGAUGCGUUACGUUUGCCGGCGCAUCAGCGGAAUCCUCAAGCUGAUCAUAUGCGAUAUUUACUAUCUGAUGACAUUUUUUGGAGCCGUAAAUGCCUGGCGCGGCAUCUGGAAUCUGCUUGAUGUUUAUGUGUUUCCCGACGAUCGGCUGAUGAGCUUCUGGAUAACCCACAUCAUUCCGUUCCUGGUGCUGGCCGCCCUCAAGUGUUCCAACUCAAUUUUGGUGCGCGGCGUCUUCAUCGAUGCCGAGGGCUCCGGUGCCGAGUGUGUGCAUCUGCCCAUCAACUAUGUUCGUUUGCAUUUUUUGCGCGAACGCCGCAAGAAAUUGGCCACCGAACAGUAUCUGCAUUUGGAGUCGCCGUUCUACUAUUCGAAGGCGGAUCACCAGGCGCUGGGUAGGCACUUGGAGAAGGACAAGGAGGCACAGAACAGCCUAAUUGAGAAGCCGCGUGCCAAAGCACAGAUCAUCUGAAUCUGAACAAUCAGUUCGCGUGUCUAGAUUUCAUAUGCCAUAUGCACGCAUUGUGGUAUUUAACUAAUUUUAAAUCAAUUAACUUAAGUUUAGCAUACUUAACAGCAGCCCGGCCUGUUGGGCUCGUCAGUUAUUUCCAUAUCGAAUUGUACAAAAUUCAAUCGAUUAUGCCUAUACAUAUAUACAUAUAUAUAUAUAUAUAUAUGUGUGUGUGUGGUAUACUUACAUCAAAUCGUUGGUACAAAUUCACAGCUUUUCCUCUCCUUUUGUACAUUAUGCAUUGCAAUUUAGCUUUCGCUUUCUAUAAACAUUCAUUUCAAAUAAAAUCUUCUUAUCUAUCAUGCAUAUUUCUUUGACUACAGACCUAGUCUUAGAGCCACAAUCUA